GUGACAGAUCAGCUAAGACACAGCUGCUGCUUGAUGAGUCUGUGAGCUGCACUGAAAUAAAAAUGAAGUGCUCCCUGGUGGUCUGCCUGCUGAUUGGUUCCUCUAUGAUCGGAUUUGGAUCAGCCAUUCGCUGCUACAGCUGUAAGGACUACACAUCGAGCUGCACCAAACAGAGGGACUGCAGCUAUGAUGAUGCCUGCCUUACACUCAAUGAGAGAGGUGGGAUGACCUACCGUCAGUGUUUGAAAUACUCGGACUGCGAGAGGAACCGCCUGGCUCAGAUGUUCCCUCAGGUGUCAAGCUUCACCUUCAGAUGCUGCAACUCUGACCUGUGUAACUCCGCCCCCUCCUCUGCUGCAAGCUCUCUGAUUGGUCUUCUGGCCUCGGUGCUGUUCAUGUGGUGGUGUGCUCACUGAAGGCUCUGCAGCCCCUCCUUGUGUCCUCUGAAACAGUCACAGCUUCUUUAAUCCAGUAUUGAUCACUCAGGAUGAGAGCUAACUGACACUGACUAAUCAAUCGCUCUGAUCAGAUUCACAAUAAACCAUUGAUACUCAUGAGAUCAGUUGUAGCUUUUGAUUGGUUGCAGAUGUUCAUUACUGUGUCACAUGAUUGGAUCAAUAACCAGAAAAGACCAGAGGAAUCAGCGGCUGAUUGAUCAGACUUCUAAUCAGUCUGAAGAAAAACAGAACGGGGGAUUGAUUUUCUUCUUCUGUAGUUUUCUGAUCAGAAGGAAGUGAUUGAUGUCGAUUGUUUUUCUUUUAUUACACAGUAAUUAAAUAUUUACGCACAAGUUUAUCUUUUACUUGUUGAAUUAUAUUUGAUUAAAAUAAAAUUUCGAUUUCAUGUGUUUUCAAAAGCAGAAACGUUGGAUUAAAUGUUCCAGAAACUGUCA